CACAGCCCGCUUGUAAACCAACCCUCCACAGUCCCAGGAAAAACAGGUCGUCGGUUCAGUGAACUUCCGCCAGAUACAGAAUCGAAAUUUAGAAAAACUUAGAGAAAAUGACAGAUAUUCCUUUUAUCUUGAACCUGGACUCACCAGACUCCAUGUACUAUGGCCACGACAUGUUUCCCAAUCGCAUGUACCGCCGCGCGCACUCUCGACAGCACCACGAGCUGGAUCUUCACACGCUGGGACUGAUUGCCCGGAUGGGUGCACAUGCUCAUCAUCUGGUGGCCAAGAAGCGCAGCGGAGAGCUGGCCGCUCUGGGCGGCAUUCGUUCUGGGGACAAGAAGGGCAACUUUGAGGUGAAUCUGGAUGUGGGUCUCUUCCAGCCCGGUGAGCUGACCGUCAAGCUGGUCAACGACUGCAUCGUGGUGGAGGGCAAGCAUGAGGAGCGCGAGGAUGAUCACGGACAUGUGUCACGCCACUUUGUGAGGCGCUAUCCGCUGCCCAAGGAGUACAACGCGGAUGCAGUGGCCUCCACUUUAACUGAGGACGGCGUCCUCACCAUAACUGUGCCGCCUCUGGUGUCCCAGGAUGAACCAAAGGAGCGUGUCAUAACCAUCAAGCACGUGGGCCCGUCCGAUCUCUUCCAGAAUGGAAAUGGCCACAAGGAGCAAUCAGCUUCGCCUCCCUCCGAGGCCAAGUAAACAGCUCAGCCUAA